CCAGCCCUGAACUCGAGCCAAUCGAGAUGCAGCCACCACUUCACAUCCCGCCCAACCGCCUUAUACCCAGACGAAAACAGUGGCCUACCGCCGGAUGCUGUCCCGCUACUGGGACAACGCCAGUCCCUUCGCCCUGGACCUCGUCGGCGCCGUCAUCCGCCAAGGCACCUUCAGCAAAACCUACCCCAAGCUCACCGCCACCACCCUCCACACCACUACCUCCCCAGACCCAAACAAAAACCCACACAUCUCCGCGCACAACGCCGUCCGGCCUGCCCGCUCCCAAUACGAAUGCUCCCAACGACGUCUUCGCAAACACCACCUAAACCCACCCCCCAACAAAACCACCACCCCCAAUCCAACAAGUAUGUAUGCAGCCACCCCCCUGGUCUGGGGCUAUCCGAUCCUCGUCCCGUAUUAUGCCCCGUAUAUGUGGUGAUCCGGGGGUACAUGCGGACGCGUAUGUGGGGAAAUCCCGGCUGCAUGAGUUUUGUGCAUGGGGCGGAGGAUGUGGUGGUAGUGGUGGUAUUGAUAUACACUAUAUACUACUAGAAUACCAUACCUCCACUUAUAUACGUCCCCAUUAAUCAAAACUAUACUUAACCAG